AAAAAUGUUUGUUUUGGUCGCAACGACGCGUUUCUGUGUUUGGUUUCCUUAAAUUUAUUUUUAUAUAAUGAAUAAAAUUAUAAUAUAUUAGGAAAAUGCAAGUUCCAACUCUAAUUUGAGUAGUGAAUUCAAAAAUGUAAUGAGUGAUUCGGAUGACACAGAUGUUUUGCUACUUAUUCCUCCGGAUUUUUUCACCGUUGAGACCACUUCCGCUAGUCCGGGUUUGAUUUCAGCCGGAUGUGACUACUUCCGACGUGAAUGGCCGCGCUCUUCCGAUCUUCGAAGUGCAUUCAAUGAAUCUCUUGGUUGUACCUCCUACAAAAGCUCAAUUGCUACAAUGAGCGGACAAAAAUGUAAUUAUGAUCCCACCGGAAGUCACGGAUUUCAAGCGGAGAGUGGGGGUUACCUUUACUAUUCCACCCCAAUCAAAGGACACUUCAGCAGCGUCAGUGGGAAAUCGCAACCUAAUAGCCAGUUUGUUUUGAACGAGAUUGAUCAGUUUCUGCAGGUGGGAAGCCAACCACCUGAUCCGUCACUCAUACCCAGAGAAGGACCAAAGAGUCCAGAUCACUCGUUGAUCGAUCUAAACAGUGUAUCGGUAAAUGAUUAUCCUUCGUUGACGGCUAGUGACUUCAACGGAUUCGCAAGUAAAACAACGAUUCCACAGAAACCUCCUCGCAAGGAGGUGCAGAUUACGAGUCGAUCGUCGAUCAGCAGAAGACCGCCGUUGCUCAGCUUGAACGAAAUCUGGAACACCAAUGCAAUGAACCAGGAUAGCUCGAAACUGCAUGAAGAGCGCCUUAGAAGGCAACACUGCGAGCGGAAUAUCCAAGCACUACAAACGAAGCUGCUCGAAUACGAACAAAAAAUUGCGGUUGCCGUGGAUGUGGACAAAGAGAAGGAGGCAAUAAUUUUGCGUUUGGAGGAAGAUGUCGUUCAACAGCAUCAUAAAAUGCAAGAUAUGGAGUCAAAACACUCUGAGACCCAGGAAAAACUUCUUCAGGAGAAUGUAGAAAGCAAAAACAAAAAUCUAUUCCUCGAAAAAGAACUAUCUGAAACAAUCGCCGUUGUUCGUAAGUUGCAAGAUAAAAAUGAAUUGCUGGAAUCAAAAGUGGAAAGUCUCACAUCUGCCAACCGAGACGUAAACGAUGUGCACAAAAAUCAACUAAGAGACCUAGAAAUUCGACUAGCCAAUAGCAAAGACUGCGAACGUAGUUUAAGGGACCAGAUGAUGAAGCUACGAAAGUCCAGCGAUCAGUUAAAAGACGAACUGGAAGCUGAGCGUAAGAAAACUGAGGAAACCAACAAGCUGCGGGGAGAUUACGCAUCGCUCAAAGUUAAGACUGAUAAUUUAAGCAAAAAGUUCAAUGACUUGAACGUCGCGAACGAAUCUCUCAAAGAGCAGUUGAAAGACCUGAAAGCUCAAGUUGAUUCCCAUCUUGAGGAAAAAAAGAAGUUGAUAAAAGAGCUGGACGUACAACGGCUGUCCCUAAAAAAAUACUACCAAGCUCAGCUGGAGGAUGUUGUGGCCGACAAGCUGAAAGAAUUCCAAAAGCAGCUUGCCGCUGUGGAGGAACAGCUGAGAACCGAAGCAAAAAAGAAGGAACGUUUGUUAGCCGAAAGAGCCAUCAAGCAAAUUGAAUUAAUCAAUCAAACCAACGAACAGGAAAUCAAACUUCUUAACGAAAAAUGCAGCGAACAGGAAUCGCUGUACCGAUUGCAGCUAACCAACUCGUCGAAAACUAUUCACGAGCUUCAAGAAAAGCUCGAUUCUUACCAACACAGAAGAGCCGACAUCGCCGAACAGCUGCACUCCAUCAUGGAAACACAAUGGCAGAAAGCGCUGGAAGUGCUAACGUCUCCUGCCCCAGUCGGUAGCGACGAAGAACCCCAAAUGCUGAACCGCUUCAAUAGACUUUCGGUCGAUCACAUCGACAAAGAUCAACUGGACGGAGUGAGAGUGUUGAAAGGUGUUGCAGAAAAGGAGAGCUGCUUCCAUAGUACCCCGGUUAGUAGCAAACCUGGUGGAAUGACGACUCGUCACUCUGGCGAUCGCAGCACCUUACCCCGUGACUUGCUGCAUAAUUACAUAGAACUGCUGCUGGAAAAAUCCCCAAGCGAUUUGAAAGGUUUGGAGGGAGUUUUGGCGACAGGUAAAAAGGAACCAAGGGAAAAGCAUAUAGUGAAUCAAAAUCUCGCAAGCAUUCCCAAUGCAAUGUCCAGCUCAGUGUCUAGUUUAAGCCAACUCAGUCGAACAGUGGGAAAAACUCCGAGACCUUGGAAAUGAAUAUUAUGUUUCAAAUAUGUGAGAAUUUUGUAUCGUACUUUCAAUACAUUACAUUUUUUUGUAAUAUACACAUGUAGGUUAGAAAAAAAAA